GCCCGGCACGGCUCCGCCGCGCACCGGAGGCGGAGCGGCGGCCGGGGUUGCCGCCAUGCUGCGCUGCUGCGGGCGCAGAGCGGCGGCCCUGCUGCGGAGGGCGGCUGGGAGCCGCGGGGCCAGCGGCCACGAGCAGGACCACGGGCCGGGGCAGCCGCUGGAGCCGUCGCUGCUGCGCUUCUUGGUGUGCCCGCUCUCCAAGCGGCCGCUGAGGUACGAAGAAUCGACUAACGAGCUCAUUAACGAGGAGCUGGGCAUCGCCUACCCCAUCAUCGAUGGCAUCCCCAACAUGAUCCCGGAGGCAGCCCGCAGUACGCGGAAGCGGCCCCCGGCGGAGGACCCGGAGCAGCCGUGAGGGCGCCGUGCCGAUGGCGGCGGGCGGCCUGCUCCCAUCCCUGCCCACGCUGACCGUGCUCGUUCCCCUCCUCUCCCUAGCGGGCUUGUUCUACUCGGCCAGCGUGGAUGAAACCUUCCCCCAGGGCUGCACCAGCACCAACAGCUUAUGUUUCUACAGCCUCCUGCUCCCUGUCACCAUACCGGUUUAUGUGUUCUUCCACCUGUGGACCUGGAUGGGAAUUAAGCUUUUUAGACACAAUUAGUGCAGUGUCUCUGCUAACCCCUGGGGUUCUCUAGAGCGGCACAGUUUGUGUAAUUUAGCCAGGUCUCGCAAUUGAUCUGAGGUUUGUGUCGUGGCACUGGUGACUGUCAGCAUUUUCCUGGUGGUGUCUGAACUGUGUGCAGCCCUCCGCAACAAGCCUGUUACUUAAUUACUGCAAAGGAAGAAGAGGAGGAAUAACAAACACUGUUUCUUUCUAGUGUCUCUCUUCAAGCUCUGUUGCUAGUGGCCACUGAAAAUCUUCUAAGGGGUAACCAUCUGUGCUAGACAACAGCAGCCUGACUGAAACGACAUCAAAUAAUCGGUGGCAAUAUGGGGUGGUACAAAUCUCUCUUUGAUUCAUGAGCUUUGAUUUUGUUUUUCUUGACCUCAUGUAUUGAAAUGCAUUUGUCUUAGUGUCAGAGGAACGUAAGAUAAAUUAGUUUGAUGUUUAAUAACUGGCCUGGAGUUGAAGGAAGAAUUCCAUAUGGAUACUCUCAGUGUACGCAUAGAGUAUCUUUCUCCCUAGCACUAUGUCCUCCUUAGUAGAGAGGGAACAGCAGAUACUUGUGCUGAACACUUAGGCUUUCCCUGUUCCCAUUUACAGCAACGCUAGAGAAUGGAGUGGCACUUAUAUCCUGUAACUGCUGAAAAAAAUCAGAAUUGCAGUACUGUGUUGGAAACAUUGCAGGUCUUAAGUGUCUACUGACAAGAAACUAAUAAAGCAAUCGCAUUGAUCAGGCUACGGCUGCACAGAUAAUGCUGGGAUGCAUGAAAGGCGUAUUGGAGGGCUUACUCCAGGUAAGCGCAGUUACCUGUCAGGGUUCCUCGUGCAGUCAGUGGAGAGAGGUUCAUAGAGAGCAUAGUACAGAGCACAAGCCUUACUGUUUUUAAAAAAAACAACAACAAAAACACCUAUUUCAGCUGACCUAGUGAGAAAGAAAAAAGGAAAGGUAGCUCUAGAAGCCAUUUGUGAAUCUUUGCCUAGAUGUAAAUGAAGGAAAAGCUCUGACAAAGCACUGGCAAGAAGGCUUACUUGGGAAAAACCAGAAUUGGGUAAUAUCUUGCUGCACAGGCAUGAUACCAGACAGCCCUUGUGUCAGUGACAGAGAACACAGGCACGUGGUCCCCAGGCUGAGCUCAGCUCUGGGCAGGGACCCAGGUGCCUGGAUCCUGUGUCAGCCACCUGAUUACUUUUGCAGGAAAGGGCAAGCACUGCAAUACCUGAAGAUCUGGCUACCAAAACCUUUGUAUAGGGGAAACCACAAAUAAAAUCACAGAGAAACAGCAGCAUUAUAAUCAGCUUUUCCUCCCUCAUGGGGGCAUUAUUCUUCCUUUCCCUUCAGGCAACAUCACCAUGCUCUUUUUGGUCAUGCCACUUGCUGGCCUCUAGUGCUGACAAGAAAAACCUGUCCACCAGGUUUUCAUGCUCACCAAAUUAGCCUAGUAAAGUGAGUCUAGCAGUAAUAGUACUGGAAUUCCCCAAUUAACUGGUUUUCUGAGCAAUCCUAUUACAUUCUUCCAAAACAAGUUCACAGUAAAUAGCACUGCCAGUUUUGUUUAAAUUAUACCCACAACGCUUAUUAGCUACUUGGAAUAAGAAAGUAUGAUACUACUCUCCCAAUUUACUUAUGUCCCCAACAGAACUUUCUUAACAAUACUUCAGAACACUGCAGUAAUAUAUUUAGAGCUGGGAAAAAAAAAAAAAAAAACCAUGGUUUGAUGUCUUACUUCUAAGAAAUGUGUGAAUUGGUUCUUCUUCGCCUUUCUUAAAUGAUCCCAAAUGUCAUCCAGAAGGCAUUCUCUUCUGACAGGAAAAGCCCACUGUUUCUGAAAUAUUUGUAUUGUGCUUGGAUGCUGAAGAAUAAAGCAACGACUUGUUAGAA